AUGAAUGAUGAAAAAUUAAUAUCUUUGGUGGAGGCAAACAAGGAGCUGUAUGAUAAGGGUAAUCCCUAUUAUAAGUUCCAUGGAAGAAAGAGAUGGGAGGAGUUGCACACAAGUGGUGAGCUAUGUAUGCGGAGGUGGAUAGCUCUCCGUGACCGGUAUGGCAGAGAAGUCCGAAAAUCUGCAGCACCAUCAGGCAGUGGCGCGGAGUAUUAUAAACCGUGGUAUCUGCUUGAAAGUAUGCAAUUUUUAAAGCCCCACCUGAUUCCUCGUCCAACUCGCUGUUCCCAAAACGUGUGUCCGGAGGUGGCCGUGCCGACACCUCUGAUUGUGGAUUUCGUGCCCUCACCUUCGCCGCCGAUAUAUGUGCCUCUGCCAUCGCCAUCGCCAACCAAUAAUGGUAUCUGUACCAUCCACAUCGCCACCAGCGUGCAUUUGUGUUGAUUCCUCAUCGCCAUCAAGAUCACUCAUGCAAGCUUCA